AUGACACUCUCCAGAGACUUGAAACUGCUUCUAUGGAAGAAUUUCAUCUUGAAGAAGCGGAAGCCUCUGGUUACACUUCUCGAAAUCUUGAUGCCGUUACUGUUUUCGACAGUGGUAAUGUAUCUUCGUUACAAUAGUUUGCCAAUAAAAAGACCCCCUUCUCACUACCAUGCGAUUGACAUCAGCGCCCUGCCUGGGUUCUUCUAUCGUUACCCUCUGAAAAGUAAGUUCCAGCUUGUGUACAUCCCUUCCAGAAGUGAGACUUUGAAGAAAAUCACUGAACGGAUGGGGCAAAGCUUCGAUGUUGAUUUUGAAGUUCUAGGCUAUCGCUCAGAGCCUGCAUUUGAGCAUUACAUGGUGAAUGACCCCAAGGCUUUCUACGUACUGGUUGGCAUUGCUUUUCAUCACAGCUUCAAUGACAGCAGGGACCCCUUGCCCCUUUCGGUCGGGUACUGCUUGCGCUUCAGCGCCAUCAUGCGGAACUUCCUGUACUUGCGGAUGCUAGUGCCCCAGGAUCACGUGGAAGGCUGGAGCACCGCCUUCCUGUACCCGCCCAACCCCGGAGCGGAGCCGCGGGAGAGCGAGUUCGAAGACGGCGGGAGGCCCGGAUACCAGAAAGAAGGUUUCCUAGCCAUACAGCACGCGAUGGACAAAGCCAUCAUGUGGUACCACGUUCCAGACGCGACGGCCCGAAUGUUUGCGAACCUCAGUGUGCUCGUGAAGAGGUUCCCGCACGGGCCCUACAUCCGGGACCGCUUCUUCCUGGUCAUGCAGAACGAGUUCCCGCCGCUCCUCAUGCUUAGCUUCAUCUGCAUUGAGCUGACCGUCAUCAACUCCAUCGCCCUGGAGAAGGAGAGAAAACUGAAGGAGUAUAUGUGCAUGAUGGGCCUGCACAGCUGGCUGCACUGGGUUGCUUGGUUCAUCAUGUUCUUCGUCUCCAUCUUCAUUGCGGUCUUCCUCAUGACAGUGUUCUUCUGCACAAAGAUGCCUGAUGUUGCCGUGUUCAACAGUAGUGACCCGAGUCUGAUCUUCAUGUUCCUCAUGUGCUUUGCCAUUGCCACACUGUUCUUUGCUUUCAUGGCCAGCACAUUCUUCACCAAAGCCCAUGUUGCCACUGCCGCGGGGGGGAUCAUCUUCUUCUUCACCUACCUGCCCUACAUGCUCGUGACCUUCAGCUACACUCAGAGGAGCCACCUCCAAAAGAUCACCUCCUGCCUCUUCUCCAACGUCGCCAUGGCACUGGGAAUCCGGCUCAUAUACAUAUUGGAGGCAAAAGGUGUGGGCCUGCAGUGGAGGAACAUGGGCCGUGUGAGUGGAGACUUCAACCUCACUCAGGUGCUGCUGAUGCUGCUGCUUGAUUCCUUCUUGUACGGCCUAGUGGCCUGGUACCUGGAGUCCGUCUUCCCAGGGCAGUAUGGCACGUCCAGGCCCUGGUACUUCUUUGCCAUGCCCUCCUACUGGCAAGGGAAACCCAUACCUUUUGCAAACUCAGUGCUGCAAGUCGGGCAUUCCAAGCCUGCUCUGAAGAAGUUUCUUCAAGAAGAGCCAGUUGGCUUGAUGAAAAGCGUUGAAAUCCAGCAUCUGUACAAGGUGUUCCACACGGGAAGGAGCCAGAAUGUGGCAGUCAGGGACCUGACCAUGAAUCUGUACAGGGGGCAGAUCACUGUUCUUCUGGGACACAAUGGAGCAGGGAAGUCCACCACCUGCUCCAUGCUCACAGGUCUCCUCCCCCCUUCACGUGGCCAGGUUUAUAUCAAUGGCCACAAAAUUUCGGAAGAUACGGCUCAAGUUCGAAAGGGCUUGGGCUGGUGUCCCCAGCAUGACAUCCUGUUUGAUGACCUGACCGUGACAGAGCACCUGUAUUUCUAUGCCCAGCUGAAGGGCCUGUCACUGGCCAAGUCCUGGGCGGAGGUCCGGCACAUGCUGCGUGUCCUGGAGCUGGAGGACAAGCAGGACUCCCUGAGCAGGCUCCUGAACGGGGGCAUGAGGCGUAAGCUGUCCAUCGGGAUCGCCCUCAUCGCGGGCUCCAAGGUGCUGAUGCUGGACGAGCCCACGUCGGGCAUGGACGCCGUCUCCCGGAGGGCCAUCUGGGACCUGCUCCAGCAGCAGAAGAGUGAGCGCACCAUCCUGCUGACCACCCACUUCAUGGACGAGGCCGACCUGCUGGGGGACCGCAUCGCCAUCAUGGCCAAGGGGGAGCUGCAGUGCUGCGGGUCGCCGCUGUUCCUCAAGCAGAAGUACGGUGCUGGCUAUUACAUGACUGUGGUGCGGAAGCCGUACUGUAACACUGAGGAGCUCACACGUCUGAUUUACCAGCACGUCCCCAAUGCCAUCCUGGAGGCCAGCAUCGGAGAAGGGCUGACGUUCCUGCUUCCCAAAGACAGUGUGCACAGGUUCGAGUCUCUCUUUUCGAAGCUAGAGCUGAGGCAGGAAGAGCUGGGCAUCUCCAGCUUUGGGGCGUCUGUGGCCACCAUGGAGGAGGUCUUCGUUCGAGUUAACAGGUUGGCAGAGCCCAAUACAGACAUGCAGCUCAGCAAGCUCUCCUUGGCACGUUCCCGGCCCGUGCUCACCAGCAUCCCUGUCGACAACAUCAAACGUCUUCACACGAGGAUCUUCUCACUGCAGACGGGCGUGGUGAUCCAGACAAACACCGGGCUCCGUCUUCUCUGCCAGCAGUUCUACGCCAUGCUCCUGAAAAGGAUGACCUACUCCUGGCGCAACUGGGUGAUGAUGCUGUCGGUAAAGGUCUUGGUCCCCCUGGGGGUCGUCGUGUUCAGCCUCAUGUCCAACCCCAAGAUCCUGAGCACGGAAGACGUACCACUGGAGCUGACGCUAAAAACAUACGGCAAGACAGUCGUUCCGUUCUUUAUUGCGAAGAACUCCAGUCUGGGCCCACGCCUGUCGGAGCGCUUCGCAGAUAUGCUGGUGGCUGAGUCACAGACCCCACUGGAGGUCCCAGGUCACCUGGAAGAGUUCCUGUUGCACAAGAAAGGGGAGGAGCCCGAGAGCUUUGACAACCAGUACGUGGUGGCGGCUUCCAUCGAGGAUGUGAAGGGCCACACGGUCGUGACGGCUCUGUUCAACAACCAGGCCUACCACUCGCCCGCCCUGGCUGUGGCACUUGUGGACAAUUUUCUCUUCAAGCUGCUCUCCGGUCCCAAUGCUUCCAUCACUGUAAGGAACCACCCUCAGCCACAGACGGCUGUGGAGGCCUCCGAGACCAUCCUAUACCAGUGGCGGGCUGGCCAAGUGGUCCCCAGCCUGCUGCUGCUGGGGGGGGUCCCCUACAGGUGGCGGGCUGGCCAAGUGGUCCCCAGCCUGCUGCUGGGGGCGUCCCCUGCAGGUGGGGGCUGGCCAAGUGGUCUCCAGCCUGCUGUUGCUGCUGGGGGGGUCCCCUACAGGUGGCGGGCUGGCCAAGUGGCUCCCAGCCUGUUCCUGCUGCUGACGGUGUUCCUGCGCUACAGGGAGGAAGCCUUCAGCCUCGGGGCUGGCGGCCCGGCGGUGCUCCUGACGCUGCUGCUCUAUGGCUGGGCUGUCGUCCCCCUCAUCUACGCGGCCAGCCUCUGCUUCUCCAGCACGAGCAGUGCCUUCGUGAAGCUCAUCGUGGCGCUCAACUUCCUGAGCAUCGGCCCCUUCAUCCUCGUCUCCCUCACCAGUGAGAAAGAUCUGGACUACAAGGCCAUCUCCAAGUCCUUGGAUGACACAUUCCUGGUCCUGCCAGGGCACUGCCUGGGAAUGGCUUUGACCAGCCUCUACUACAACGUGGGAUUCCAGAAGUUCUGCAACACCAAGAAGCUGAACAAGACUGAUUGCCUCCAAGCUUCAGAGGGAUACAUGGUCCAAGAGAACAUCUAUGCCUGGGAAUCUCUAGGCAUCGGGAAGUACAUGACAGCCCUGGCCAUCUCAGGACCUGUGUACCUCCUCCUGCUUUUCCUCAUUGAGACCAACACCUUGAGGAGGCUGACAGCCAGGGUCUCUGGCUUCUUCAGGAAGCAAAAUUUGCGCAAAGUCUCCUCUUCCGACCUUGUCUUGGGAGUUCAGGAAGUGACUCAUAGCCCUCCAUCAGCACCUGGAGACCAAAACAUGGCAGAGGAGGGGAAGCAGGAGCCGUCCCACUGGGAGCAACUGUGUGGGCAGGACCCGCUGGUGGUUAAAGAAUUAUCGAAGGUGUACUUCACGGAGGAGCCCCUGCUGGCUGUGGACGGGGUCUCCUUCACCGUGCAAGCGGGAGAGUGCUUUGGCCUUCUCGGCACUAACGGAGCCGGAAAGACGACCAUUUUCAAGAUGUUGACCGGGGAGGAGCUGCCCACGUCCGGGUACGCCUUUGUGCGGGGCUUCAGCGUCAGCUCUGACCUCAGGAAGGUGCGGCGGCGCAUCGGCUACUGCCCGCAGUGUGACGCCCUGCUGGACCACAUGACGGCGCGGGAGACGCUGGUCCUGUACGCCCGGCUCCGGGGCGUCCCCGAGCGCCACAUCGGGGCCUGUGUGGACCAAAUGCUGGACGACUUACUCAUGCGCACGUAUGCCGACAAGCUCGUGCGCACCUACAGACUGUCCACAACAGCCGCCUCCCUCCUGCAGGUGUUCGGGACUCUGGAGCGAGCCAAGGAGGAGUACGGCCUGGACCACUACGAGGUCAGCCAGGUCUCCCUGGAGGACAUCUUCCUGAGCUUUGCCUGCCCCGGGGGGCCGAUGAGCGAGGCCCUCACCUAG